UACCGCGUCCGGUUUUCCAUGCGACUCCCAGAGGGCACAGGGACAAGGCUGGCCCGUCUCCUAGCAACCACUAGACAACAUUACGGCGGCGGUCGCAUGAGAAAGUCACUCGGUACUUCCUAGCCACGCCGGCGAGGAUAAUGGAAGCUCCGACAGUCAGUGAGAGCGCGCUGCUGGAAGGAGAGGCGGUGGAAGGCGUGGAGGUAGUGUGGCAACUACUGGAGGAGUUGAUAUGGGAGUGUGCCCAGCGCGUCCUGGAGGAGGCACUGGAGGAGGUAGUCCAGGCGAUGCUCCUCGAACUGCUGGACGGCUGCAGCAGGGAGCUGGUGGACGAGUUUCACCAGGAGCUGUUGGACGAUGCCGUCAGCAGCACUGACACUACCAGCUCAGACGAGGGCGAGAAUCUGGACGAUGAGGAAGAAUUUGAUGGUUUAUUGACAGAAGACAUAAUAGUGGAAGGCUUGUCAAAUCUGAGGCGCUCAGCAACUGGAAUGGAACAGGCCUACCUCCAUCUCUCCCUGCCAAAUUACGAAUUAAGUGAUAUUUCCAUUCUUUGUGAUUACAUUCACCUACAAAAGCUGGAACUUCCUUACAAUAAAAUAACAGAUUUGCGUUGUGUAAGUUAUAUGCCCUACCUAAUACAGCUGGAUGCCUCCCAUAAUAGUCUGACCUCGAUCGCUGGCCUAAAACUGCCUAAACAUAUUAAGCUAGACCGUUCUUCCGUGGUGGACUCGUCACCCAGGCAAGGGUGGACACACACACAAGCCCCCACCGAUCGCGCUAUAAACACUGAAGUGGACUUCUCAUAUAACCAGAUCUCUGACCUGAAGGAGCUAUCAGACUAUCCAUUUCUUUCUAAACUGAAUUUGAGCAACAAUCAAAUACAGGCAAUUGAAGGCUUGCAGAACUGUAAAAGUCUCACCUAUCUCAACAUGGCAGAAAAUAGACUUUUGGAAAUCAGUGGCCUGGACUACUUGCCAAUUAAAUUUCUUUUUCUUCAAGGUAAUCAAUUCAUUAAUGUGAAAGGACUGGCAAAUAUGAAACGCCUACAUAAGCUUGAUUUGUCGAACAAUAAAAUAGAAACUCUGAUUGGAUUGGAGGACCAUGAUCUGCUGGAAACAAUCAAUCUAGAGAACAAUCAGAUCAGUGAUCUGGAUGAAAUAAUGCAUCUGAGAAAUCUUCAGCUUUUGAGGAAACUGAAUCUACUCAAGAACCCAAUACAGGGAACCCCAGAUUAUUUGUUAUGGGUUCUUUUCAUCGUACAGAAACUGACUGAACUGGAUAAUAAACAAGUGAAAACAUCUGAUAAGGUUCUGGCCAUCAAUAAAUACAACCCUCCUCCUGAAGUGGUAGCUGCCAACGAUCAUAUGACCAAUAUUAUGUAUAGUUUUCUACAGCCCCAGAGGAUUUAUGACAGCACUUUGCCUAACCUUGAUAUUCCAUAUCCAAUGUUGGUUCUGGUGGGGGUCCAGGCCUCUGGAAAACGAGAACUUUGUCACAUGGUCUGUCAAGAAUUUAGUGAGUAUUUUGGAUUUUGCAUUGGCCACACAAGCCGAAGACCUUCCCUUGAUGAAAAGAAUGGAUUUGACUAUUAUUUUGUCUCUGAUGAAGAGUUUGAAGAAAUGAUUCAAAUGGGGAAAUUUAUCCAGACAAUGAAGUUUGACGGAUGUUAUUUUGGUCUUAGCAGAGAUGCAUUAGAAAAUGUAGCCAGUAAGGGUCUGGCUUGCUGCACUCAUAUGGAACUAGAAGGGGUGCGUAGCUUGAAGAAGACAUACUUAGAGCCUCGAUACAUUCUACUGAUCCCACAGGAUAAGAAAGACCAUGAGAAAAGACUGCGGAUAAAAGGGCUGUACACAGAAUCACACAUUAAUCAUGUGCUAUCCAGAGUUGAUGAUUGUAUCAACAUGAACCAAACAUUUCCAGGAUACUUUGAUGCUGUUAUUAACUCUGAUGAACUUACAGAUACAUACACGCAGCUAAGCCAACUGAUAAAGGAGUACUUGAGCCUCAAUGAUCCAACAAGUGUCAACAGUACCAGAGCCAUGGAAGUAGAGAAGUGGCAGAUGUCUGGUUUGACAAACAGCAUACCAUCUAAUGGAAGUAAACAAAAUUGGAGUUCAAUUUCAUGGACCAUUGGAUUUCCUACUCAAUCAGUGGACUCUUCCAUCAGAAAUUAUUCUUCCAGAAUACAGGCUAGACUUUCAACAGAAAGAUCAACUUUGGAACAAAAUUCAAUUCAGCAACGCCAGAGAGAGGCACGUGAGGUUGUGAUGAGAAGAACUCAAUAUAGAGGCACCUUCCUGUUCAAAAGGGCUCGAACAAGCAAUGAUUUGAAGGGUUAUGAUGUAUCAAAACUGUCAUUCCACACCUCCAUUAGGCCUAAUGCAAGUGACAUUAGCCAGGAUCUGGAUCUGUUUUCUACAUCCAGCAGCUCUGAAACAACCCAAAUCAGCACAGAGGAGUCAACACUUUCAUCAGCUGAAGUAUUUACAAAAAGGUCCAACUCUGUUGUAAUGGAUACUGACUCCUCUAUUAGGGAUACUUCCAAGAUCCUGCUAAAGAUUAAAUCCAGGCCUAUAACAGAUUUGAACACAACACCACAAGGUGCUGGAGAUACUGUUCACAAACGAGAAGAAAUUGCUAAGCCCGAACCCACUAUGGAAUUACAACCCCUGUCCAAGAGUCAUUUAGCCCCAACCAUUGAGUCUCCUUCUUACCGACUUGGAUUCAACAUUAAGCCUGUUCUACCUGAAAUUCCAUCAGGCCGGACAACUGCUGAAAUCCCAUUUAAUUCAAAGGAAACAUUGUGUAAUUUGAAAUGAAAGUUUACCUAGUCCAGAUCUGUUUCUGCAAUACCAACAUUAAAGAUUAUACUUUCAUUCUUCUGAUUA